CAUUGCUCUCUUUCGAGAAACAGGGCGAAGGUACAUUAUUGUUUUGCCUGGCUUACAUAAGUUCCGACAGAGUGUUUUCUUCAGGAGAGCCCGAAAAUUGCACCGUACAAGCUGUAACGUCUUUCCCACGUGAAGAAAAUGUCGUUUCCUUAUGAGGUGACACCUAUUUUUUGACAUUCAAAGCAGCAAACACCCGUUACAAUUCUUUUCCCGUUGCUCACCUCGCAAAAAGAUAGGCAAAACCAAUGCAAUGUGGAAAAUUCGUCUGCUAGCGGAAACUCCGUGCUCGCCAGGGGCGCUACGAUCACUUUUCGCCCGCUCUCCGUAGGAGUUGCCAGUAUUGGCUUACAUGGUAUUUGAUUAAAGUUAAGGAGGAAUAAGUUCCCAAAUUAUUUCAUGGUGCCCUUUAAGGGAAGAACUGUUUCCUCAAAGAAUUUCACCAAACUCACUGGUAGUUACAGAUAACCUAAGAGAUACGAAUAACUUAAGAAUCACGGAUAACUUAACAUAAUGAGAUGCUCCUGAGCAUCUCAUUAUCGCCUUUUAGUCAUUCAGAUUGUAUCAUUAUACGUUCAAAACGUCGGAGAAACAGUCACGAGGCGGGAAGCUAUUAAGCCACGUCCUUCGAUUCUUAGGACGUCGGUGUCCAUACCUUCGAGAUCUUUCUCGGAACCGUAGAUCAUGUUAAUUACAAAACAGAGCAAGUUAUAGGUAGUCCCCGGUGUUCUUUGGAGAUAAACCUGCACCGCUUAAUGUCUCGCCCUACAAAGGUUUGGCUUACACUGGAGAAAUAUGUGGAGUCAUGAACGUCGGCAUCGUAGAGGACACAGCGGGCACAUACAAGGGAGUUCAUGUUACAGCUCACGAAGCAGCCCAUUUGCUCGGAGUUGUUCACGACGGCAUGGGUCCAGCGGCAAACAUCCCGGGGCAUCCCGGGGCACAGAGGCUGGGCUGCGGCUGGGAGGACGGGUACAUGAUGAGUUACGUGGACAAAGGACCACGGUUUUCACGGUUCUCGCCCUGCGCUCAAGACCAAAUCCGAGUCACUCUUAGCUUUAAAACGGCAGUUUGCAUCGAGGAGCAUUUUUCUGUCGAUUACCUGACGCAAUUGCCUGGACGCUUGCCCGGAAGUGCCUUCGAUGAGAAAGACUACUGUCGACUAAUGCACCCGGGAAUAGUCGGGAUUUUUUACCUAUCCCCACAGAAAUCGGAAAUUCUUGUUACCUGUAAGAUACAGUGCCAGACGCCACUUCAGUUGAAUCAGCUGUUUUACACUUACACACAUCCUGCUCCAGACGGUCUUCCUCGUUCUGAUAAGGCAACAUGUUUGCAAGGCGUGUGUACCCGAACGCCGCCUUCGAGUUGAAAACCAAUAAUACGAUACGCAUCGUCCUCGUCCAAGAAAAACUAUCCUUCCUUCGCCUGCAAAUAAACCCCAGAGGCUUCUGUUUUA